AUGACUGGUGCUCACAAAGCCCAGUGCUACAACACACACAUCGACUUGGAGCAUACCUUGCGUCUUUUUUGGGAACCUGAGGAACUCAACGAGCGUCAAACCAUGACGGAAGAUGAAGUAUACUGCGAAAACCUGUUCAAGCAAACUACAAGGCGUAACAGUCUAGGCCGAUACAUCGUAAAAAUCCCUGGUCGAAAGGGCGCUGACCUUCAACAGCUUGCAUCUAGAAAGCAAGAUGCGCUAUUAUUGUUAGAACAUACACAUCGAGGGCUUGCUCGCGAACCUAAACUUAAAACAUUUUAUAAAAAGUGUAUGACAAACCACAACAAUGAUAGUCACAUGUGCUAUUUACCACACCACGGUGUGUCGAAAGCUUCGAGCACUACUACAAUACUUCGCGUGGUAUUCAAUGCCGCACGGAAAUACUCCACUGGGGUAUCGCUGAACGACUGUCUGUACAAUGGGCCAAAGAUGCAGAAUGAUUUGGCCAAUAUUUUGCUGAAUUGGCGACAAUACAAAUUUUCAUUUACGGGUGACAUCGAGAAAAUCUACGGGCAGAUUUUGGUGGAUCGCGAAUGCAGCACUUCAACGAAUCUAUUGGCGUACUUCUACAGAGGAUUCACCCACCUGCUAUAUGCUAAUGACCGUAACGUAUGGGACUAA